UCGGGAACCAGCUUAUGAAAGCGCUAGGUCAAGUCGCGAACCAACAGUAGAACCAGUAUAUCAGGAAGUCCACUUAUUCCGUGGGUUAAAGAUUUAAAUCAUUGAGAACGAUCAUACGAGAAUUCAUACAGAGAGUCCGCCAUUAAUCUUUCUUUAAAUUUCAAAGUAAGCAUCUUCCCACUGUUGUUGUUACGAUAAACUACAAGAACGCUUUACGACAAAAUGGCGGCGCCCAUGGAAUCGGUUUGAAAGGAAGACACUAAGAUGAAAUUGUUUUUCUUAUUCAUGGUUUUUCUCUGGUCAGUGCAGCCAGGUCGAGCUAACCGAUGCUCCAGAGAGAGCUCCAAGAUAGUACGCAAUGUGGUCAGAUUUAAACUAUGGGACAUAUACAAGGACGUUGGCAGCAUGAUGCCAGAUUCCUGUCCUUUCUCCCUGCAAAGAGAUAUCUACUACAAUCAGGAGCCACAAAGUGAUGGAGUCCUACAACAAAUGGAAGUGUGAAUACUGUGGAAAAGCAUUCCUGGCUGAGCCAUUCAUUGACAGACACUUUGACCGGAGGCAUCCUGACAGUAUCCAGCAGUCUCCCUCCUCUGUGUGUCUCAGUGACUACUGUGACGUGUAUCGAUGUGAUGUUCUCUCUGGGCAUCGUACGGCAGACUUCUGGGAUGUCAAGCUGUGUAUUGAGGACGACAUUGUGGAGAUGAAGGACAAAUGCAAGGCAUAUAUGGCUCAGUGUAUUCCCAAGAAUUUAUCACAAAAUGCAACAAGAAAGUUAUCAGCUGACCUGGAUGAAGCUGUGUGCUCCUACCUGACCUGCAGCAAGUACUGGGAUGUACCAGUGCCGGGGUCUGAUGCUGCAACUGCAAUGUACAUCAUCAUGUCCAUACUCAUCAGCUUCAGCGUCCUCGUCUACUACUGCAUAUUCUACCAGUAUUUUUACACGGAUGCAUUUUCAGACAACAUAUCAUAUGACCCGAUUAUUAAGAAUCAUCCAAGCUACAGAAUCCAUUCUCCAAAAGGUGAAAUACGACAACGAUCUCAACGUGGUUUUCCCUGAAAUAACCUGAAUGAACAUUGUGUGUCAAGGUCUUAAACGCUCCGCAGUAUUUGUGUAGCUUGUCUGUUUUCUUCCCUUUUUGAACCAAGCCAAUUUGCCUUCAACUCUUUUUAUUUAUCAUAAUUUUUGUAAAUAAAAUACAUACAAAUAAAUGUGAAAUAAUUUUA